CUCCAGGCUGGAGGAGUUAGUUAGCAAAGAGCCGAGACUGGACGAGCCCGACCAUCCUUCUGUCCGCAUCAUAACACUUUGCGCAUGGUGGAUAUUAUUUUUAAUUAUCCUUUUCUGGGUGCUAUGGGGGAUCAUUCCAAGAAAAAGCCCGGGAUUGCUAUGUGUGUCGGCUGCGGGAGUCAGAUUCAUGACCAGUACAUCCUCAAGGUCUCUCCGGACCUCGAGUGGCAUGCAGCCUGCCUCAAGUGCGCUGAAUGCAGCCAGUACUUGGACGAAACCUGCACGUGUUUUGUGAGAAACGGCAAGACGUACUGUAAAAGGGACUAUAUCAGGUUGUUCGGCAUCAAGUGUGCCAAAUGCAAGGUGGGUUUCAGCAGCAGCGACCUGGUGAUGAGAGCCCGGGAGAAUGUCUACCAUAUCGAGUGCUGCUGCUCGGUCUGCAGUCGCCAGCUGCUGCCGGGGGAUGAGUUCUCCCUAAGGGAUCACGAGCUUCUGUGCCGGGCAGAUCACAGCCUCCUGCUGGACAGGGCCUCGGUGGAGAGUCCUCGGAGCCCAGGACACCUACCAAGCAGCAGGGGCCUACAUCUGUCAGAAGCAGGCUCUGGCCGGCAGCCUUCGCUCCGACCGCACGUGCACAAGCAGACGGAGAAGACGACCCGGGUGCGGACAGUUCUCAACGAAAAGCAACUGCACACGCUGCGGACCUGUUACGCGGCCAACCCGCGGCCCGACGCGCUCAUGAAGGAGCAGCUGGUGGAGAUGACGGGGCUGAGCCCGCGAGUUAUCCGUGUCUGGUUCCAAAACAAACGCUGCAAAGACAAGAAGAAAUCCAUCCUCAUGAAGCAGCUGCAGCAGCAACAGCACAGCGACAAGACGAGCCUGCAGGGUCUGACCGGGACGCCUCUGGUGGCUGGCAGCCCAAUCCGCCAUGAGAGCGCCGUGCAGGGCAGUGCAGUGGAGGUACAGACUUAUCAGCCGCCCUGGAAAGCACUCAGCGAGUUUGCCCUACAAAGUGACCUGGACCAGCCAGCUUUCCAGCAACUGGUGUCCUUCUCUGAGUCAGGCUCCCUGGGGAACUCCUCUGGCAGCGACGUGACCUCCUUAUCCUCCCAGCUCCCGGACACUCCGAACAGCAUGGUGCCCAGCCCUGUGGAGACGUGAGGAGCCUGGGGCCCGUGGGCCCCUCUUCCCGUGGAUUUCGCAUGCUCCCUGCAUGAGACUCGCCCAUGCGCAGGCCAUUCCAGCUCUCUGAAAACCCUCUCUCCUUUUUUUAAUUCUUAUUGUUAUUCAAAGGAAAGACAGAGAGAGAGAGAGAGAGAGAGAGAGAGA